AUGGCACCAGUGCGGGUCACAAGCCCAAAACUCCAAGCCCAGCGUUCCCCAGCUAGAGAGAGAGAGUACACCCCACAAACCGAGCUGUGGUUCUUUCUACGUGACCAUGGGGAAGACAUGGGAAAGUGGGAUGGGAAACCCACUUCUGCCCUGGCAACACGAGUUGUCUUAGUCUUCGCUCUUAGUAUUGGUGCUCUUGUAAUAUACUUCAUAGAUUCAUCAAACCCAAUAGAAUCCUGCCAGAAUUUCUACAAAGAUUUCACAUUACAGAUCGACAUGGCUUUCAAUGUGUUCUUCCUACUCUACUUUGGCUUGCGUUUUAUAGCAGCCAAUGACAAGCUAUGGUUUUGGCUAGAAGUUAACUCAGUGGUAGAUUUCUUCACGGUCCCUCCAGUAUUUGUGUCAGUAUACUUAAACAGAAGUUGGCUUGGUUUAAGGUUUUUAAGAGCCCUUAGACUGAUACAGUUCUCAGAAAUCUUGCAGUUUCUGAAUAUACUUAAAACAAGUAAUUCCAUCAAGCUAGUGAAUCUGUGCUCUAUAUUUAUCAGCACGUGGCUGACAGCAGCUGGGUUCAUACAUUUGGUGGAGAACUCAGGGGAUCCAUGGGAAAAUUUCCAAAAUAAUCAACCGCUAACAUAUUGGGAAUGUGUUUAUUUGCUGAUGGUUACAAUGUCCACUGUUGGCUACGGAGAUGUUUAUGCAAAAACAACCCUUGGUCGCCUUUUCAUGGUCUUCUUCAUCCUUGGGGGACUGGCCAUGUUUGCCAGCUACGUCCCUGAAAUCAUAGAGUUAAUAGGAAACCGCAAGAAAUAUGGUGGUUCCUAUAGUGCGGUUAGUGGAAGAAAGCACAUAGUUGUCUGUGGUCACAUAACACUUGAAAGUGUGUCGAACUUCCUGAAGGACUUCCUGCACAAGGAUAGGGACGAUGUCAAUGUAGAAAUCGUCUUUCUGCAUAAUAUCUCCCCUAACCUUGAGCUGGAAGCUCUUUUUAAACGACACUUCACUCAGGUGGAAUUUUAUCAGGGUUCAGUCCUUAAUCCCCAUGACCUGGCAAGAGUGAAGAUAGAGUCAGCAGACGCGUGCCUAAUCCUUGCCAAUAAAUACUGCGCUGACCCAGAUGCUGAAGAUGCCUCCAAUAUUAUGAGAGUUAUUUCCAUAAAGAAUUAUCAUCCGAAGAUAAGAAUUAUCACUCAGAUGUUGCAGUACCACAAUAAGGCCCAUCUACUAAAUAUCCCAAGCUGGAACUGGAAAGAAGGGGAUGAUGCAAUCUGUCUUGCUGAGCUGAAGCUGGGUUUCAUAGCCCAGAGCUGCCUGGCACCGGGCCUUUCAACAAUGUUAGCCAACCUCUUCUCUAUGAGGUCAUUCAUAAAGAUUGAGGAGGAUACGUGGCAGAAAUACUACCUGGAAGGAGUUGCAAAUGAAAUGUAUACAGAAUAUCUGUCUAGUGCCUUUGUGGGUUUGUCCUUCCCUGCAGUCUGUGAACUGGUGUUUGCGAAACUAAAGCUCUUAAUGAUAGCCAUAGAAUACAAGUCGGAAAAGCGCGAAAGCAGAAGCCGAAAGCGUAUAUUAAUCAAUCCUGGAAACCAUGUCAAGAUUCAAGAAGGUACCUUAGGAUUCUUCAUUGCAAGUGAUGCCAAAGAAGUAAAAAGGGCAUAUUUUUACUGCAAGGCCUGUCAUGAUGACAUCACGGAUCCAAAAAGGAUAAAAAAAUGUGGCUGCAAACGGCUGAUCUAUUCCAAGAUGUCCAUCUACAAGAGAAUGAGACUGGCAUGUUGUUUUGAUUGCGGACGCUCUGAGCGUGACUGCUCUUGCAUGUCAGGCAGUGUACAUAGUAACAUGGACACCCUUGAGAGAGCCUUCCCACUUUCUUCUGUCUCUGUUAAUGAUUGCUCCACCAGUUUACGUGCCUUUGAAGAUGAGCAGCCGUCGACACUAUCGCCCAAAAAAAAGCAGCGAAAUGGAGGCAUGCGAAAUUCACCCAACUCCUCACCCAAACUGAUGAGGCAUGACCCCUUGUUAAUUCCUGGCAACGAGCAGAUUGACAAUAUGGAUGCCAACGUGAAAAAGUACGAUUCUACAGGGAUGUUUCAUUGGUGUCCAGCCAAAGACAUUGAAAAGGUCAUUUUGACUCGAAGUGAAGCAGCGAUGACAGUUUUAAGUGGGCAUGUAGUCGUUUGCAUAUUUGGGGAUGUUAAAUCUGCUUUGAUUGGAUUAAGAAAUUUAGUGAUGCCAUUACGAGCCAGCAACUUUCACUACCAUGAACUCAAGCAUAUUGUGUUUGUGGGUUCACUUGAAUACCUGAGAAGGGAAUGGGAGACACUGCAUAACUUCCCCAAGGUUUCAAUCUUGCCUGGUACACCAUUAAGUCGGGCUGAUUUAAGGGCUGUCAACAUCAACCUCUGCGACAUGUGCGUUAUCCUGUCAGCCAAUCAGAAUAAUAUUGAUGAUGCUUCGCUGCAGGACAAGGAAUGCAUCUUGGCGUCACUCAACAUCAAAUCUAUGCAGUUUGAUGACAGCAUUGGGGUCUUGCAGGCUAAUUCCCAAGGCUUUACACCCCCUGGGAUGGAUAGGACAUCUCCAGACAACAGUCCAGUGCAUGGCCUUUUACGUCAACCCUCCAUUACAACAGGAGCCAACAUCCCUAUCAUAACAGAGCUAGCUAAGCCUGGCAAACUUCUGCCUUUGGUUUCAAUCAGUCAGGAAAAAAACAGUGGAACCCACAUUCUAAUGAUAACUGAACUGGUAAAUGAUUCAAAUGUUCAGUUCUUGGACCAAGAUGAUGAUGAUGAUCCCGACACAGAACUGUAUCUCACGCAGCCCUUUGCAUGUGGAACCGCAUUUGCUGUCAGCGUGCUGGACUCUCUCAUGAGCGCAACAUACUUCAAUGACAAUAUCCUCACACUGAUACGGACAUUGGUAACAGGAGGAGCCACACCAGAGCUGGAAGCACUGAUUGCUGAGGAAAAUGCAUUGAGAGGAGGUUACAGCACGCCCCAGACACUUGCAAACAGGGACAGGUGUCGAGUUGCUCAGUUGGCUUUGUAUGAUGGGCCAUUUGCAGACCUAGGGGAUGGAGGAUGUUAUGGAGAUCUAUUUUGUAAAGCACUGAAAACAUACAAUAUGCUUUGCUUUGGAAUUUAUCGAUUAAGGGAUGCACAUCUAAGUACUCCCAGCCAAUGCACUAAACGUUACGUUAUCACAAACCCACCAUACGAAUUUGAGCUUGUGCCGACGGACUUGAUCUUCUGUUUGAUGCAGUUUGACCACAACGCUGGCCAGUCCCGAGCCAGUCUCUCUCAUUCCUCCCAUUCCUCCUACUCCUCCAGCAAGAAGAGCUCAUCAGUUCACUCCAUCCCAUCAACAGCAAACCGACCGAACCGCACCAAGACCAGGGAUUCCCGGGACAAACAGAAUGCAACAAGGAUGAAUAGAAUGGGCCAAGCAGAAAAGAAAUGGUUUACAGAUGAGCCGGAUAAUGCCUAUCCCAGAAACAUUCAAAUCAAGCCCAUGAGCACUCACAUGGCCAAUCAGAUCAAUCAAUAUAAAUCGACAAGCAGCUUGAUACCACCAAUACGAGAAGUUGAAGAUGAAUGUUGACUCCUUCGAAGCCAGAACUAUUUUUUUAAAGCCUGACAAACUUCAUGAAUGGUGAUGUGACAUUUAUUCCUCUUACUUGCUGAACCACUGAUGGAGAAGUUAAGAAGGGCACGCUUAAUGGGAAAAUAAAGUAGACAGAUCUUUGUUUGUCUGCCUUUAAUAUUGCUUCCACGUAUUUUGGAAACUAUUUCAUUUAUAAAUGAACAUAAUCAAAACUAGUCAUGUAUAGCCUCUAGCAUUUUAAAUUAUUUUUAUUUAUUAGAAAAAAUAUAUUUUUCUUUUUUUUUUUUUUUCAUUGUUAAGUAUUUUCCCUUAAAAAAACAGCAUAUGUGGCCAGACUCCUAAGAAUUAAAAAACCCAACAAACCCUCAGUCUUUGGCUUAAAGGAGAAUGAUGGUCACAGUUAUAAGGAUAUGUAAUUAAGGGAGACAAAUGAUAUAUUUACAAAAAGGAAAGAAAGGUCCAACUUGUAUUUUAGUAAAUCAAAAAAAAAAAAAAAGAAGAAAAAAAACCAACAACACUUCACCAAAAUGUUUCUUUAUCAGAAGAUGUGUAUUUUGUUCAGCAUUGACACCAGCUCUUAAUAAAUUGAACUUAUUUAUUUUCAGAGUUGAAAGUCAUAUUUUUGUACAUGUAACAUUCUUCUGAAAGAUCCUUUGUUUUAUAUAGCUCAUCUUGACUGUCAGUUACCUGAAGGUCCAGUGACCCCCCACUGUCCCCUGCCCCUUCUCACUGUCCCACACACAGAAACCCCUGGGGAACGCGCUGCCACACAGGCACAGGGAAUGUCACCACCCCAGCCAAGGGCAUGGAUGGAAGGGGCACCUGCUAGAAAUGGCAGAUCUGGCAAUUGCACUUCCCACUAGCCAUCAGCAGUUGCGAAUUUCAGGAAGGCAAGCUUGGCAAUUCUUUUGCCAUGUGCUUUGGCCCAGAGUGGAUGCAAUGGUGCAUGGAAGCGUAUAAACCAUCUCAUCUACCACAUGUUGUUACUUCCUUACUUCAGAAGUGCUGAUGGCCUUUCAUUGCCCUGAGAUGGUACAAAUUCUUCCUGAUAUCUAUAGAUUGAGCUCCAGGCCCUUGCAUUUUGGUGACAGCUCAUACCCUGGUAAAGGGCGCACUGAAUCUCCUUUUGGUGAAUUCAGGAUAAAAACUGGUUUAGCCUCAGCUCUACAGUCUCACAAUGUGCUGUCCUCAGUUAAUUCCAACAAUAAGCAACAUCUUAUUUUAGCAGUUGUUUUUCUGGUUUUUUGUUUGUUUUUUUUUCCUUUUAUUUGUUUUUACUUUGCUGGGACACCACACACAAAAGUACAGUAAUAACCAAAUCAAAAUAAUAAAAGUGAUGAAUGUAUUUAUUGUGAUAACAUGCAAAAGGCCUUUGAUGGGUGCCUUUUGUGUCAGCAGUUUCACAAAGUUGCCAACAAGCUUUAUAGCCAUCAGACAAAAAUGUGAUGUUUCAUAUCUGUGCUGCAGUAUCUACCCAACCAAGCAUUUAUGUUCUAAAUGAUUUAGUAACUAACUCGAUCUCAAAUAAGCAACAUCUGACACAAUUGUGUGGAAAAAAAAAAGGAAAGGCUGUGCUAAUAUGGAAACAAGAACCAAAACUGCAAAACCAGAGUCAUCAGGAAAAGCAGAUUUUCAUUGUGCAAGUCAACUUUAGGCUUUGUAAUUUUGCAGAAUUGUUAAACACCACAAUUAAACAUACAGUGGUAUUUUUAUCAUUAGAGAAAUAUCAGUGAAUCAAACAAAUACAAAGCAGACGAUGAAUUUAUUGUGAAAACAACGAUGUCCACUAUAUAAUCCAACAUUUAAGCCAAACUAUCUCAGCUUUAAUGUUUGUCCACUGGCUGCAGUACAAGUAUAACCAUACUAACACCUAAUAGGCUUUAUUCUGGAGUGACUUCUUGGACUGUGACUAUUUUGUUGUUACAUUUUGUAGAAUAGCUAUUUAAAGACAAUAACAAGAAUUGUUAAUACAGUAUCUGUAAAAUUGGAUUGUUUAAAAUACUUCACUCUCCUACAGAGUAACAAAACAAUACAAGCAGUUUUUCAUUAUUAUUUAGAUCCAUGUUUAAGGCAUUUCACAGUCCUGAAAAGAGAAGAUAAUUCCAGUGAGUUCUUCCGACAUAUGCUGCUUCAGCUAGUGACACGCUAUAAUUUACAUCCAGUUUCUGCAUUGGGUCAUGUUAAGCCUUUUCUUUGAGGUCAGUGCUCCUUUUUCAUUUAUGAACUGCAUUCAUGUUAAAACCAGAAUGAAAAAAAGCUGGUCCUGAGUACUGGAGAAUUUUAGAAAUUUCUUAUUCAACCUCACCAAAAGCAUAUGAAUUUUAUUUUUUUUCCUGAAAAGAUUAGUGUUUACUAUAGGGGCAUAAAACAUUAUAUCUUAUACCUUAUCAUAUACAGUGCCACUUCUGUGUGUCCUUCCUUCAGAAGGGAGCAUUCACUGGGUAAAACAUAAUGAAUCAAAUACAGCACCCCUACACAGCUAAGGUUUGUGUGUCUCUGUCCAGUUUAAGUGUCACACCCCAAAAUCCCAGGCUUGUUUGUAAAUAAAGGACAAGACCUGAACACACUCCCGAGCUCUUCUGGCACAGAUAGCUCCAUAUGCAGGGGUUGGCAGAACAACACCCAUAGAGAGCAAACAAGACAGACAGAAACAGGCAGAGUUAUGGGUCUACACUUCCCAUUUCUAGAAAAGCCAAAAUCAGUAAUAUUGUCUUAGUCCUGUUUUUGAUAAUCAGAGAUUAUCAGAACUGAUGUUUGGAAAGUAGGUGGAGGAACAGAUAGAAAACCUGUUGAGGAUCUUUGAUAUUCAGCCAUUAUAAAUUACAGUGUGACCAGCACCUUGGAUAUAUAUGAAUAUAUGAAUUUACAUCAAAGCUGGGAAAAGGCUGGGAAAGGGGCUUAAAUGACAGCUGACAGACCGAAUGAUGACUGAUAUAGAAAAAUAUUCUUGGUCUUUAUCAAUAAAUUUUACCCCUUUCUCAGAAGGCAAAAAUCAAAAAAAACAAAACAAAACAAAAAUGUGGGGUGGGGAGGAUUCCCAGUUGUUUUGGGUUUUUUUUUUUUUGGGUUUUGUUUUGUUUUUUUUGGCAUUAAUUGCAUGCACUACUGGUACAGGCUAUAGGGUUUUUGGUAAGUCAUGUGUUGGAUAAACAGUGUGUGUGUGUGUGUGUGUGUGUGUUUGCACCCAUGCAUGCACACACGUGUGGGGCUGUGCAUCUAUUUGAUAGAGCCAUCACAAGAAGGUGUCAUUGUUUUUAUUCUCCAUGAACUGGGGAGAAGAAAGGCACAAAAAAGUAAAGGAAGUUUGUGGCUUGCAGGGUAGCACGUGGCAGGAUUGUUUCUGGUGUUUCCAGCUGGUUUGACCAAAACCCAGCCAUCCUGGUCAGUUCUGUGAGAGGUGCAGUGACAUUUUGCUGCAGAGCCUUCUCUCCCUGCUGCAGCUGGGCUGUGCUCCUGACCCUCCUUACACCCCUGCACUUGUGGGCUCCCACAUUCCAGGAAUUCUGCUGGCUCUCUCCGUGUCAUGGCUAUUGCUUUAAUUUGUCCCCUGAAGCCCAUGACACUAAGAUGAAAGGAUAGAACUGUCCUCUGAUAGAUUUGGUGGCAAGUGCAGAGCACUGAAGAGGUUAAGGUAUAAAGAAAAGAAAAUAUUUACAGUCUUAAUGCAAAUUUUAACACCUCAUUGUGACUGUGUAGUUCCUUCUAAAAUAGUAAGUAUAUGAUGUAUUUUUUAAUAGGGAAAAACAAGAUGAAAACAUUUCCUUGUACUUUUUAAAAGCAUUCUAAAGCUGUCACUGACAUUUUAACACUUUGUCUUUCAAAUCAGCGUUGAUGGCCCACAGUAGGGAACACAUGGGACAGAAAGUACAAACCCCUUGAUCUGGGCCAGGCAUGGUCAGCUGGAUGUGAAAAGAGAGAAAUGGCCUCAGCCAAAGGAGGGAAAGGGCAGAUGUAGUUUGCAAGCCAAGUACAGGACACACUGCAAAAGCAUUAGCCUUUUAUUAUACAUUGGUGGGUGGUGGUGGUGGUGAGGUUGGCUAUUUUUGCCCAGCAAAAGGAAGCUUUUGCAUUUCUUGAACUCUUAUGUAGUAGAAGGAGAAAGUACAAUAGUGUGUUCUCAUUCAGGUUUUGCUGGGUGUGUGUGUGUCUAAACUACAGCUAACAACUACUGCAAUAACUGGUUGCAUAAACUGAUGCAUAAACAUACAUGACAAAAAAAAAAAAAAAGCAAUAAUUUACAAAUGGCUAAUAAUGUUUUCACUGCUUGGUCACUCUCUGGCCAAUCCAUAAAAAUGUUAGCAACUGCCCUGGACUAACUGACUCACAUGGGCUCAAACUGAAACACAGAGCAGGUGCUUAAAUAGUUUUAAGAAGUGGAUUCCUAAGGGCUCCUGGAUCCCAAUGCAUUUGAAAUGAACACAUAUUGAGGUCAAUGUGUGUGUGUAUGUGUGUUUUGUUUUUACAGCUGUUAUCAUUGUGAAUUUCUUUAGCACCAAAAGAAGUGUGUGUCUCACCUUUCAUUUCUAGUCCUGAAUGUGCUUAAACAAAAUAUCCAAGCGUGUGAAAGGCGAUGAACAGGACAAAGUGAAAACAGAAAUCUGUUCCCAGUGUUACAGUGGAUUAGCCUGGGAAUAUCUGUCAAAGUCAAUGGCAAAUGCACAAAAAAAAAUCAGAGGAAAGGAGAACUCUUUAUAAUCCUGUUUUUUUCUUUUCUGUGCCAUCUGAACCACUGAAACCCCCAGCAUACAAACAAGAACCUUUUUAAUUUUAAUUAUUUUUUUUAUAAUUCUAAAGGUUCUUGAAUAACCACAGGCUUAAGGAAAAUAGUGGGGUUUUUUUUAAAAAAAAGUCAUUAUAUAUACAUGCCAGGUCUCCUAAUAUUCCAUUUACAGUAUUUUCAUGCUGAGCAAUAGUAGUGGGUGUGGGUUACAGCCCCAUCUGAAAUAAUGGAAGGAAUGUAGCAGCUCUUCUGCUGUAGUCACUGCCCAGGAUGGUUAUGUGGGCCUGUAGUAUUGGCAAGUGUGUGCCAGCAUUUACCAGAGCUCUGUUUCUGUCAGUGAUGCAUCUAUGGUUCUCUCUGCUCUAGAGCAUGCAGCCCCGCUGAGGCUGUGCAGUCUCUGAGCACCAGUCUGUGUGACCAGGCAAAUUCCACUGGAGCCCACAGCGAGGGCUGCUGCUCUCAGGUGUCUGCUCUGCACAGAGCUGUGUUACUGGGAGCUGCCAAAAGGAAAAGGGGCAGGGAAAAUGAUGAAAAUAUAAAAUGUGAGGUAUUUCUUUUAUUACUUUGGGUCUAAUUUAGAGCAAUAUCUAACUUAGGAAGCUCAACAGUAGCGCUGCAUCUAAUUAGAACCUUUAUGAUGUUGAGACAAGGUUUCUUACUGCUUCAGUCAAUGCAUUUUAGAGGAGAUCUCUAUAAUGUAAAAAAACCCAAACAACCCAGAACACAGCAUAUAGGCAGCUGAAUACAUGUAAUAAAACCCAUAGAUUUUUCAGAAACAAAGAAGUGGCAUAAGAGCAUUUUGUUGACUGGACAAUAACUAGUAGGAACAAAAAAAUAAUUCAGCAAGAAGUUAUCUCAAGCAGUUAAAAAAAUUCUGCUUCUGCCAUUGUUCCGUAGCUUGGGACACAUAUGCUUAGCCAAUGCAAAUAAUCUAAUCUCUGGCAAAAAAUAAAUAAAAUAUUUUUAAAACUAUAUAUAAAAAGUAUUACUUUAACUUUCAUAUUUCUGUAGAGUUCAAGACUGAUGAAACCAUCUUCUUCCUUUGGAAAAAACACACACACACAAAUACAUAUAUACACUAUAUUUUGAUUGUUUCAAAUGUCUACAUUAGUUAUAAUUUGGAAGUGGAGAUGGCAAGGGAGUACACAGAGAACCAGCAAGCAUCUUAAUUUAAAAGUUCAUGAAGAAAAAGGAGUACUACUUCAUCACUUUACUUUUAACAUCAUGGGUUGGUGAGAGAGAACAAAUGCUGGUGCUCAGAAAUGAUCUACCUGACUUUGUCAUAUGUAAUAUCCAGUGAAAAAUAUAUCGUCCUGUAAAAAGGGUUUGUACAUAACUUGUACAUGGUUUCAUUUUGUAUUUUUCUCAGAUUAAAAUUUAUGUAUUUGUGUUCUAAAAGAA